AUGGCUGCCAACGCAACCUCCGCAGCGGCGCUGCACCCGUACUACCCGCUCGGGGUGGAGAUUGUGGGCUACCUGGCCAACGAGUGGAACACGCUCGAGCUGGUCAGCAUGUUCGCGGCGGGAUGCGCCGUCAUAUUCAGCAUCACGUACGCGAUCCUGAUGCGGACGCGCCCCAACGCCAGCAACGCCGACGUGUCCAUUAUGAUGUGGUUCGUGCUGUGCGGCUGCAUCCACUCGUUCUUCGAGGGCUACUUUGCCUACAACUUCCGGCACAUGGGCGGCAUGCAGGAUCUGUUUGGCCAGCUGUGGAAGGAGUACGCGCUCAGCGACUCGCGCUACCUGACCCAGGACGCGUUCGUGCUGUGCAUGGAGACGGUCACAGCCGCCUUUUGGGGACCGCUGUCCUUUCUCACCGCGUACCUGAUCGCCGUCGACCACCCGCUGCGCUACUCGCUGCAGCUGAUUGUGUCGCUCGGCCAGUUCUACGGCGACGUGCUGUACUACGCGACCUCGCUGUUCGACCACUACAUCCUCGACGUCGCCUACACCCGGCCCGAGGCCGCGUACUACUGGGGCUACUUUGUGCUGAUGAACGCCUUCUGGAUCGUCAUCCCGGGCUACCUGAUGUACCAGAGCGUUGACGCGACCGUGCGCGCGUUCAGGGCCGUCAACGACGCCGCCAAGCUGCUGCAAAAGGCCGAGCAGAUGGGCUACUACAAGAAGAAGGCGUAG